AUGAUUGGACCAAUGGCUUGGCACAGCUCGGGCACAUUUCAGCCCGUGAUGAAUAUAGAGGCGCCGAAGUCUUCCUGGGAGAUGGCAAUUUGCUGCUGCUUCCUGUGCUGCUACUCCUGCGUGGCAUCAGCAAGCCACUGUCUCCUGCUUCCGGUGUUCCUCAUUCGGGGCGUCCUGGGAGCGGUUCGAGGUGUGCUUGUUGGCAUUGUUUUGGCACCCGCCUACUCAGUGGCAUGUGCUGUUACAGCACUGGUGUGGACUCCACGGAUGUUCUGCCGAAGCUGCAAGGCUUUGCACACUAAAUUCUGCUGCGCAGCGCUCGUGUCGCUACUGGUUCUUCCGCUGCGGGCUCCGCUCAUGUUAACGGUGUCAUUGCCAGUGAUUCUCUUCGUCACGACCAGUUGGGUCGCGAUGGCCACCGCUUUCUACCCAGAGUACGGCUGCAGACAUCUGCUAGUAGGAGGUGUCUGUGCAGAUGAUGAAGAUGAGUCUGGCGUAAUGGAACUCCUGAGGAAAGCUUUCCAGGACAUCUGGGCAUACCAUCGCAACUUUGACUUCUCCGAUGGCGAAGACCCAGUGGAACAGCCAGUGACGAUGUUCGGAGCUCCAUCGGAGGAGGACAGCCCUACCUUCGAGCCAACGACCUCCCAGACCUCUUUGACCUGGCGGCACCUGUUAGGAGAGUUCAGCAUGAAGGAUGUGUGGGAGGCCUGCUUGCGCCGAGCGGUCACGUUGGGCGUUGAGCUGCAUGCCUCAGGGCGAAUCUCCACGGAUGACUUGGACGGGAUGGAGCCGUUCCUGUUCCUUGGUAUCCCAGCUGUGGCUGUUGUUCAGCUUGUGCGGCGUUCCGUCGGGAAGGACGGGCUGGUCUUCGAAGAUAGGAUGAAUGUGACAUCUUCCAAUCGGCCGCACAAUGCCUUUGCAGAUGGUAUCUGGCACUCUGCGAUGCGCGCCAAGCGAGCCUUGAGUGAAGCAAUUGAAGUCAGUCCUUUGAGCGAUGCCGACAUAGAAUUCUUGGAGCUUGCCUGCCUGAAUCGACCCACGGUCAGCUUGCAGCAGCUCGACGUAGAUGCUGUGCGCCGACUUCAGCUGAACGGCGUGGUGACGGCUGCAGUCGAACUGGCUAUCUUCGCUUCCCGCUCAGCGCAAUUCAAAGCUUCAAUGGGGUCCGUGUUUCAAGAGAUCCUUGCAAAAGUCGAACCUCAAACUGCAUAA